AUUCCCAUGUAGGUUCUUGUUAAAGAAAAGGCAGGGUGUGAGGAAGCAGCUCCCUCCGCUUCCCCACUGAAGGAGCCCAGAGCCCCUCACCCCGGGGCUGCACAGUGGGCUCCCCGGCACACGGUUCCCCUUACCCCAGGAAAGCUGUUGCCCGUGUUUAAUAUAUCACGGCUGUGGACAGAUUUAGAGGAGCCACUGCCUGUGUCCCGAGGCAGAAAUGGGACCAAUCACAACUUGUGGGCUGCUGAAUGACAACGGGAGUCCUGCCUCUGAAACUUUUGUUCUUUCUUUCCCCUUGAACUACUUCAAUUGUUCCCACAACUUGGUCACGGACUCGGGACAAGUUGCCAGAGAGCUACAGACACUUCCCGCAGCCCAGAGCGGGCUCCUCUGUGCUUCACUAACAGCCACACCAGAGGUGGGUGACAGCAUCAUGGAGGAUUAACAUGCAAGCUCCACAAAGGCUGUCUAAAACAAAAAGAGAAGAUAAUAGGCACUUUGCACUGUUCCUGACAACUCCUCUUCUCUCCUGCACUCCUAAAACCUCUGAUUUGUGCCCUCUGCUUUCUUGUUGCCAUGGAGAAGGUCCAAUACAUAACCCGCUCUGCUCUGCGGAGAGCCUCAACUAUUGAGAUCAACCCACAAUCACGCCAAAGGCUCCAGGAGCUCUUUGUGAAUUUCUGCCUGAUUUUAAUUUGCCUCUUGUUGAUCUGUAUCAUUGUGAUGCUCCUCUGAAGCUCCAGCACUUCUCUGCACUGUCCUCUAGGAAAGUCAGCCCAGAGGGAAGAGCCACCUACACCUGCAACUCCCAAUGCACGGAUCCUCUCGCGAGAGGGGCUGGCACUCGGACUAGAGCUGUACGCCAGCCCUCCCGCUCUUCUCUUACUACUUGCUACAUGUAUUAAAACCACACUUCUGUGCAGAACAGUGUGUAGAGCCUGUCGUUACAAAGCUGUGCAUGACCUAAUUUGUCUGUCUGAACCAAGAGAUGUCUUUCUGAAUGGGGUAAAGUACUGGCUCUUCAUGGAGUUGGUAAGUUCCUCAAUGUUGUAGCUAGAUCACACAAACAGCAGCUUCACUUUUGGGAGGCCCGAGUGGUUUUAGGUUCCUCUGAAAACCCUUAAACCCUUCCAGAGGAUCCAAAUUUGGUCCAUGUCUGCCCAAAGAGCUCCAUGCCCACAGCCCUCAACACAUCCCAGGAAAAUUGCUCUGCUUAACUCAAGGCGUUCCAUCUCUGCAUUAUAAGCUGAAGGCAUCCAAACUGAGAACAAACCAAAAAUCUCUUCUAAUCCAAAAAUAACAACUGCUGCUUAUGCUAUUCUCCCUAAUUAAGGAAUCUUAUAUAUACAUAUAGGUGCAUAUAUGUAUAUACUCACACACAACUUGGAUCUGGGGGUGGAAGAAAAAAAAACUACUUCAUUUAUAGUAUUAUUCACUAGAUACAUCUCUACAGAACUAAGUGACAUCUGGAAAGUUCUUUCAGUAUGGUUUAGCAGAAAAAAAUUGACACUACUACACUAGUAUCAAAGAUUUAAUUUUCUAUAGUCAUUUAACUGACAUGACAAUUGGCACAGCUCAGAAAUAAUUAUCAAAGUUCUUAAUAUUUGGCUUCAGACAACUUUAUUAUGGUCUGCUGUACUUUACAUAAUAAUCUCUUUAGCUUAAAACCACAGAAAACUUGGUACUUGCCAGUGUCACACAAAGUGGCUUAUAUGUGAUGAGGUAAAGAGAAAGGUUUAGGUCACCCUUACUGCUGUGAUUGAUGUUUAUCAUACAAAUACAAGACACUACCAUCUUCAACUCCAAAUGCCUGUUAGAGAACAAGCACAUAUUUUCCUAAAAUCAAUAAUACAUAAAUAAAAUUAAUUACAAAUGAUUAUGCAUAGGAGGGAAAUCAUUGCAGAAAUAUCUUUUCAACAUGUAAACCACAGUCUAGACACAUAAGAGAUGAAGUUUCUAUUCCAGCCUUUGUCAGUAACAAGACUGAGCAGUAGACUUCCAACCAUCCUACAGGUUGCUGUUUUUCAGCCAAAUUCCUAGGUGCUUUAUGCAGUUUUCAAUUUGAAAGAAAGCUCAAGAAUCAAUAGACAGAAGUCAAACAGACAUCCAUUUUUUAAACAGGCACCCUUCCAUACCACUGUACACAAGCAAUCCUAUUGAUGAACACAGAAAAUCAAAACACAUUUACCUUAAUCUUGUAUUCGGCCUUCAAGACUUAAUAUUGCAUGAGUAGAAGUUGCCAAUGCACAGGUGAGCCGGAAGGGAAAAAAUCUUUGGAAAAACUGUUUUCGAUAGAAUGCAAGCAAGUGCAGUGGUGAUUCACUUCCUAUGUGGCAAAUAUAUAUGCUCAGACCAGACCUCUGAAAUAAGGUUAAUCACUAGAGGAAAUCACAUAGCUACUGUAUAAGGAUUAGGGGAGGUACUGAUGAGAUCGGCAACACCACCCCUGCUUGCAAGUUGGUAUGCGAAUUAUAUUGAUUUAAACUGUCCAUGUGAAUCUCUAUUUCCAUUUCAUGCAUUCUGACCACUCUCACAAAUGCAUGAGAUUUUAGUCCGUGAACUUUCCCUAUUAAUCCGUGUUCUUAAGAACACAGUGCACUUCAUAGUGGGAGAGGGCAGAAAACCAAAAAAUCUCAACUUACUUAUUCUCUUUUUAAAUCUAUACUUUUGUGAUGGAUAGGGUUUCCAGUUUUAAUUUGCUUUGGAGGUGUUUCAAAAGACUUCAACUGGAAAUAAAUAACAGUUUUCCAGUACUGAAAACUCCCUGAAGAAAAGAGGUGUUAGGAGCAGACUAUCAACACAUACAUUCUGUGGACAUGUUGGGAUUGUACUUUCACAAGCCAGUAAUACAGGGUGUUUCAAAAAGAUACCCAAUUUGAAAUCACUACUGCUUUGAAAUUAGAUCCAUCUUUUUGAAACAUCCUGUAUAUACAAGUUAAAGUAAAGCAUUGCUGAAAGAAAUUCAAAGCCUCACCCCCCCUCACAGAAACAAACCAACCUCUUUCCUCUUAUGUACCCGAAAAAACAUUAUUUAUUUAAAAACAAGAAAUAAACAAGAACAAAACAAGGUAUAAAUAAACUGGAAGCCCUACUGUUACUUUACAGCAAUGCAGAUAAGUUGCAUGUACUGUAUGAUUCAUCUGUGUCUUAGGGUUCUGCUGAUCUGAAAUGUGCUGCCAUCCUCUAUGUCACUCAAUGUCAACUGAACCCAGAGUUUGAAAAAAUAAAACCUUUUGUAUAUAGUGCAUUCUCUUUGAAUACUUAUAUGGGCUUUAAAACUAACAUCUACUGUAUUUUUAUUUAUGAAAAUGACUGCUUGAAAAUAUAUUAAUGCAUAAAAUAAGAUACUUAAACACAAUUCCAUUUAGAAAGAAGCAUCCAUUCUAUCAUCUACAUAUUAAAGUUAUGUGAAAAAGACCUAGUCAUCACACAGCCUUCUGGUUCUUUAUACCUCUGUUUAUUCUGUUUCAGUUUUCAACAGUAAUCUUGCCUAUUUCGUGAUGUCCAGAUCACUUACAUGUACUUAAUUCACACUCACCAACUAGUGCACAUCAGCAAUCCUAAAUAAUUUUAUGAAUGUGUAAUCUAAAUCUCACUACUUUUAUGAGCCAUAAUAAAAAUUCCAAAUACAGCA